GUGCGUCCAUCUCUCGUAUAAAUACGGAACAGGAUCCAACCCAGUAUAGCACAAGCCAAGUCCCUUCGUCGGUCCAUCUCUCCCUACCUGAUAGAUAAUUUACACACACACACACACACACACCAUGUCUUCCUCCUCCCUAGUCUUUGCUGCGCAGCGGAAAGCUCCGGUGCUCGUCGCGCCGGCUAAGCCCACGCCCCGCGAGCUGAAGGCCCUGUCCGACAUCGACGACCAACCGAGCCUCCGCUUCUACCGGUCGGGCCUCUUCUUCUACCGCCACGAUCCCUCGAAGGCCGGCCACGACCCGGCCCGAGCCGUAAAGGAGGCCCUCGCCAGGUGCCUCGUCUUCUACUACCCUAUCGCCGGCCGCCUGCGUGAUCAAGGAGGCCCCGGCGGGAAGCUCCUUGUUGACUGCAACGGCGAGGGCGCCGUGCUCGUGGACGCCUACGCCGACGUAUCUAUCGACGAUUUCGGACCCGCAUUGAUCCCGCCCAUCCCCUGCGCCGACGAGCUUCUUUGUUUUCCGGACACCUCCGCCGCCGACGUCGUCGACCGCCCGUUGCUCUACAUCCAGGUGACGCGGCUGAAGUGCGGCGGCUUCGUCUUUGGCCUGCAGAUAUGCCACAACAUCGCGGACGCACCUGGAGUUUCGCAGUUCAUGACAGCCCUCGGCGAGCUGGCGCGCGGGGCCGAAGCCCCGGCCGUGCUGCCGGUGUGGGAGAGGGCGCUGCUCACCGCGCGAACCCCGCCGCGCAUCACGUACGCGCACCCGGAGUACGAACCCCUGCCCGGCGACGACGUGAUAUCUCCCCGCGACGCGCUGGUGCACCGCGCUUUCUUCUUCGGCCCCGAGGAGAUCGCCGCCUUACAAAACGCCGCCCCGCCGCAUCUCCGCAACUGCUGCUCCCGUUUCGAUCUCAUCGCGGCGUUCGUGUGGCGGUGCCGCACGGCCGCUCUCCGAUACCGACCGCAGGACGACGUCCGCCUCCAGUUCGUAGUGAACGCGCGCGGCAAAGGCGGCAGCGACCCUCCGCUGCCGAGGGGUUUCUACGGGAACGCGUUGAUGUUCGGCGUGGCGUCGUCGACGGCGGGGGAGCUGCGCAGGAAGCCGUAUGACUACGCACUGGAGCUGGUGAGGAAAGCAAAGGAGGGAGUGAUGGCUGCGGAGGGGUACCUGCGGUCGACGGCGGACCUGAUGGUGCUGCGGGGACGGCCGAGGUUCGCGACGAAGCGGACUUACCUCGUUACGGAUUUGACGAAGGCGGGGUUGGAUCGCGUCGACGUGAUCGGGUGGGGAAGGCCCGUCUACGGUGGCCCCGCCUCGACGACGCUGGGGACGUUUCACUUGCUGCGUAGGAAUGAGAGAGGGGAGGAAUUAGGGGUCACGGUUCCCGUUUGCUUGCCCCCGGAAGCCAUGGAGAGGUUUGGUGCGGAGGUGGAGAGCUUAACAAAAGUGAUUGGUGGAGUUAGGGUGAGCAGAUCCAGUCGGGUUACACAAGGACUGGAAUAUUACAGCACGGGCAUAAGCUCCAGACUCUAACACCGGAAAAGGACGGUGUGUCUUUGGUGUAGAUGAUAAAAAAUUUGAUCUUGGUAUUCGAGAUUGUAAGUUUGAAUUCUAGUUUAAUUUAUAUUUU